UGGCUCCGUCGCUGCUGCCGCGCGCCUCCGCUCCAUUCCUGAUUCCUCCUCCCAACUCUUGCUUCCGUUUUCCGUGCCCCUCCUGCCGACAAACCCACACCUGAAUAGCUCAUCCUCACCUGAUCAGCUGAACCUGUUUGAGAGAAAGAAGUUAGUUGGCCAUCUCGCCCUCGCUAGAAAAAGGAAAAAAAAGAAGGAAAGGAGAAGGAGGAGAGAGCUUGCUUUGCUGCUGGGUUGUUGCUAAUGGUGUUCUACUACAAGGCGAGGCCGGACGCCGGCGACUACACCAUCUACAUGGGCGCCGACAAGAACGAGAACGAGGAGCUCAUCAAGUACGGCCUCCCCGAGGACGUCUGGUUCCACGUGGACAAGGUAUCCUCGGCGCACGUCUAUUUGAGGCUCAAGAAAGGCGAGUCGAUAGAUAGCAUCUGCGACGGUCUGCUGGAGGACUGUGCACAGCUUGUAAAGGCUCAUUCCAUUCAAGGAAACAAGAUGAACAAUGUUGAGGUGGUCUACACGCCCUGGUCCAAUCUCAAGAAGUCCCCAUCCAUGGAUGUCGGUCAAGUUGGCUUCCAUAAUACCAGGAUGGUUCGCGUGGUGAUCGUCGAGAAGCGCGUCAAUGAGAUCAUCAACAGGUUGAACAAGACCAGGGUAGAGCGCCGGCCUGAUCUGAAAGCCGAGAAGGACGCGUCGAACGCGGCGGAGAAGGCGGAGAGGAAGAUGCAGCUGAAGGAGAAGAGGCGGCGGGAGGAGAUGGAGAGGCUGGAGAAGGAGAGGCGGGCGGAGAUACGGAGCUACAAGGGCCUCAUGGUCGCCGAGAAGAUGACCUCCAACCGCCAGAUCGCCUCCGCCGGCAACUCCAUGCAGGAGAUGGAGGACGACUUCGUCUGAUCCAUCCAUCCAUCCGUCCGAAGCCAGCAACCGCUCCCGGGCAUGCGUGCGUGCGUGCGUGCGUGCGUAACGUACGUGUGCGGCCACGUGUUUCUCUGUACAUCAUCCAUCCAUAUAAGCGUGCGUGAUCGUCUCACCGGUCAGUCUCCCUGGAACGGUUUCUGCAGUUCUGCUAUAGUAGUGGUAGUAGCACAUCUCUGUACAUACACAUGGUCCCUAGCAAUGGGCACAGAUGAGAAAGAAGGCAACGCGAUUUUCGGUAUUUCGAUAUUUCUACAUGUCGUAGUAGUAUUUGGCAGCUGAGUGGGCCGCGUGACGGCGCCGAUGCAAACUCUAGUUGAUCUGACAGUAUUACGUGAUCAGUUACCGACUCCAA